CCCAGCAUCCUUUACACUUCCUGCUUUCAGCUGCUGUAAUGACAGACGGAUCUAAAACAAAAUGAUAGUCUAACUUUUCUGAUAAACUGUGAUCAAAUGACAGCGUUAUUAACGCCUCCCGUCACCUUUCAGUAACCGCUUAUUUAAAUGUAAUUUCUCUGGACCUGAGGCGUGAGGCAGUGACAGUAGACCAAGGAUGCAGUUCUCUCCCACCAACGGAGAUUUCACGUUCGUCUCCUCGACUGAGGCUGAAGAACUCAGUGGCACCAUCAGUGCCCCAGACAUUAAACUAAACAUGGGCAGUGACAGCGGCAAAGACCCGUAUGCCACCACCUUCCUGAGGCAACGUGGCUAUGGCUGGCUGCUGGAGGUGGAGGAGGACGACAGUGAAGAGAGCAAACCUCUUCUGGAGGAGCUGGACAUUGACCUGAAGGACAUCUAUUACAAGAUUCGUUGUGUACUGAUGCCGAUGCCAUCGCUGGGUUACAACCGACAGGUGGUCAGAGACAACCCAGACUUCUGGGGCCCUCUGGCUGUGGUGCUGCUCUUCUCCAUGAUCUCCAUCUAUGGACAGUUCAGGGUUGUGUCUUGGAUUAUCACCAUCUGGAUAUUUGGAUCACUAACGAUCUUCCUGCUGGCCCGUGUUCUUGGUGGUGAGGUUUCCUACGGCCAGGUUCUUGGAGUGAUUGGAUAUUCCCUUCUGCCUCUCAUCGUCAUAGCCCCUCUGCUCUUGGUGAUCGGGGGAUUUGACGUGGUCUCUACACUAAUCAAACUGUUCGGUGUGUUCUGGGCUGCUUACAGUGCUGCUUCACUGCUCGUUGGAGAUGAAUUUAAAACGAAGAAGCCCCUUCUCAUAUAUCCCAUUUUCCUUUUGUAUAUCUACUUCCUAUCACUAUACACCGGUGUGUGACUGGAUGAGUUGAAACUGUGGACCUUUGAAUGGACAGUGACCCUGGAGUAUGGGGGUAAAAAGUUGAACUACGGAACCAGGAUUUUUUAAAAGGUGUUUAUUUCUUUUUUUAACUCUGUUAAAUUCUAGAUGAUGGGGAUGCUGGGAAUAUAUAUCAAUGUAUAUAGUUUUGUCCAUUUUGUCUUUGGUCAAUAAAAUGCUUAUGUUCUUACAGAUUUAA